AUUUAUAAAGCAAAUGCAAAUCAUAGUUACAAUUGGAAGAAAAACAAGGAGAUUAUUGGAUGUGGAACACAUGACCCAUCCAUCGAGGUCGUCGUCAAGAAUUCUGCUGAAGCAUAUGAUACAACAUUGAAAUUCCAUGGAAAUCAAGAAAAACUCUCUGAGAAAGUCAUAAGAGGCAUACAAUCAAUACCCAAAAAUUACCCGUGGAUGGUAGAAACCAUCACAAAAAGAUACGGCAACAAGCCAGCCAAUAAAUCCAGAAUAGUUCAGAAACUUUUUGAACUAAAACCAGCAUCUAAGAAGGCGGACAGCUGCCAAGAAUGCUAUGACUCGGUCAAAACUCUCGUUAACCAAAUGAAAUACUUGCGACCAAUGUGGUCCGAGACUAUUUUGAAAAAAUUUCCAUACGAGAUCGUCAAAAACAUUCUUGUAAAACAUCAAGAAACUGAUACUAUGGAAAUCGAUAGUCUUCUAGAGGCCUUGGACAGAGAAAUUACUGCCAAGGCAUACGUUGAAUCACGCCUUGGUGAGACUCACCCAGCCAGGGAGAGUAACCUUGGUAUGACACAAACACCAAACAAAAUGCAUAUUUUA